AUGCACUCUCAGCGAGCUCCACCACUUUCUUGCGAGCCAUUCUGUCUGAGUGACUAAUCAGGAAGUUGGCCCUCUGCUCGGUGGCCCGAGUAAUCGCUGCGGAGCGUUCCGAUGCUGCUUCGCAUCUGUCGCGUGCAACGCGCCCGAAUCGUCUGGAGAGGGACUCGUCCAAUCUGGUCAAAGGGCAUGAAUCACGCGGUUCGGGAAAACGCUGUGGUUUUUAUGACCAGAUCUUGAAUAUGCCGUAA